CAGCCAAUUGCAGAAGAAAUGGGAGUAUCUGAAAUCCUGUUGUGCAUCCAACGUGGGACUAUGGAACGAACGCUGGAAAAAAGUAUUUUAACUAGAAGAAAAAACGAUGGUUGUUGGGCUACGUUAUAAGUGUGGACCGCAUUUGAUAAUCUAUUGAAUCGCCGGGAUUUAUUUGACCACAUCCUUUAACUGAUAGACUAGAUCUCCACAGAUAAGUAUUCAUGCUGUAGGCUAUAACCUACGGGAAGUUGGAAUCAUUCAACACGAGCAAGGUGUUGCAUUUUGGUGUUAUGGAAAAUCAACGAUGGACUUUUUCGGCACUGGUCACUCCUUGCGGCUGUUACAUCUCGCACUGCUGUUAAGUGUUAUAACAUUGUAGUCUACAUACUCCAUAGUAUGUGCACAUUGAGUAUCCGAAGUAAAUUGGUUUUUAAGUUUGUGUGUCGACAACAUGCUUGCUAAAAGUAUUGUUUUGCCAAAAAGGAGACUUCGUUUUCAACCAUUCAUCGGACAAUUUUCUGUGAUGUAUUUUUUAUUUUUCUUAAAGGACACUUUCAUUACAACCUAUUGAAAGGCAAACAGACUCAUUUCGGACUGAAGAAGAGAAAGUUGAACUCGGAAUUGACGUGUUCUAAAUGGUUCUGUUAUUCUGGAAAAGUAGACUUGGUCCCACCACUUGGGUUAACACUGCUUGUGUUAGACUAUCUUCCACAUAUUUAGCCUAAUGUGAAUUUACCUACAAACUGCACGAUCUCUUCAAAACUAUAUCAGCUUUCCAAUUUGUGGAUACGAAUAGAGAUCAGAGCUAUUAAAAGUGGAUACAAAAUGGCGGCUUCCCUGGGACGAAUGGGAUCUUUUUCUCACUAUGGUUUUUAUUUAGUUUUGUCGCUUGGACUGUUACUCAAUUAUGGAUUGAGCUCAGAAUUACCAUGUGCUCAGAACUGUACAUGCACUGGAGAUUCUGUGGACUGUAGCUAUUUGGAUUUGACAGAAAUACCCCUGGACCUACCAGAUCGGACAGCUUCGCUGAAUGUCGGCCACAACAAGCUGACCAGCGUCAACCCAGAAGUCUUCUCCAACAUGGCCAACCUCCGAGAGCUACGCCUAGACCACAACGAGUUGACAUCUAUCCCAAGUCUAGGGAAGGCUGCUCCUAACAUCUUAUCACUCUACCUACACCACAAUAAAAUCCGGAGCAUUGAGGUGAGGCGCAUGAGAGAUCUGGUCUCCGUGGAAACACUGGACCUGAGUAAUAAUGACGUCAGUGAAGUGCGAGCGCACUCCUUCCCUGCAGGCCUCCAGAUCAAAGAUCUGUAUCUGAGCAACAACAAGAUCGUGCUUCUGGAAUCUGGAGCUCUGGACCAGCUGGGCUCGUCUCUGCAGGUCCUCAGGCUGAGCAGGAACCGCCUCAGCCAGGUCCCAGUCAAGGGCUUCCAGCUGCCCAGGCUCACCCAGCUUGAGCUGAACAGGAACCGUCUGAGGCAGGUGGAAGGCCUGACCUUCCAGGGCCUAGCCAGUCUGGAGGUUCUCAAGCUCCAGAGGAACAACAUCAGCAAACUGACCGACGGAGCGUUCUGGGGCCUGGCCAAGAUGAAAACACUCCACCUGGACUACAACAAUCUGAUGGAGGUGAACAGUGGCUCCCUGUAUGGUCUCAGCUCCCUGCUGCAGCUCUUCCUCAGCAACAACUCCAUCUCCCACAUCAACCCUGACGGCUGGAGGUUCUGCCAGAAGCUGCGCGAACUGAACCUGUCCUACAACAACCUGACCCGCCUGGAUGAGGGCUGCCUGGCCAUGCUGGGAGACCUUCAGUCCCUCCGUCUGGGUCACAACUCCAUCAGCCAUGUGACCGAAGGAGCCUUCAAAGGCCUCAAGUCCCUGCGCACCCUGGAGUUGGACCAUAACGACAUCUCUGGGACAAUAGAGGACACCAAUGGGGCCUUCUCUGGACUAGACAGCCUCAACAAGCUAACUCUUUUUGGAAACAAGAUCAAGUCGGUGGCCAAGAAAGCCUUCUCAGGCCUGGAGGCCCUGGAGCACCUGAACCUGGGAGAGAAUGCUAUCCGCUCCAUCCAGCCAGACGCCUUCAGCAAGAUGAGGAACCUCAAGAGCCUGAUGAUCCAGAGUGACAGCUUCCUGUGUGACUGCCAGCUUCGCUGGCUCCCUGAGUGGCUGGUGACACGGGACUUGGUAACGGACGUGAAUGCCACCUGUGCCCACCCUGAGAGCCUGGAGGGCAGCAGCAUCUUCCAGUCCCCGUCAGAGAGCUUUGUCUGUGACGACCUACCCAUGCCCCAGAUCAUGGUCCAGCCAGAGACCACCAUCACCGUCCUGGGCAGCGACGUCCGGCUGACCUGCACGGCCGCCAGCAGCAGCUCCUCUCCCAUGACAUUCGCCUGGCGCAAGGACCAGGAGCUGCUGCGCCAGGCCCAGAUGGAGAACUACGCCCACGUCCGCGCGCAGCCAGGCGGGGUGAUGGAGUACACCACCAUCCUCCACCUACGGCAUGUCACCUUCGCCCACGAGGGCCGCUACCAGUGCAUCAUCACCAACCACUUUGGCUCCUCCUACUCCAACAAGGCCCGCGUCACAGUCAAUGUUCUACCCUCCUUCGUCAAGACGCCCCAGGACAGAGCCAUCCGUACGGGCACCACGGCCAGGCUGGAGUGUGCGGCGGAGGGCCACCCGACGCCUCAGAUCGCCUGGCAGAAGGACGGGGGCACGGACUUCCCCGCCGCCCGUGAGCGCCGCAUGCACGUGAUGCCUGACGACGACGUGUUCUUCAUCACAGACGUGAAGCCGGAGGACAUGGGCGUGUACAGCUGCACCGCCAAGAACACGGCAGGCACCGUGUCGGCCAACGCCAGCCUCACCGUGCUGGAGACCCCUCACCUGGUCCAGGAUCUGGAGGACCGCAGCGUGGUGGUUGGGGACACGGUGGCUCUGCAGUGCAAGGCCCUGGGCAGCCCCCCGCCCCGCAUCACCUGGCUACGCAACGACCAGCCCCUCCGCCCCUCCGACAGGCACCAUUUCACCCCCGGCAACCAGCUGCUGGUGAUCGGCAGCGCCGCCCUGGAGGACGAGGGCCGCUACACGUGCGUCAUGUCCAACCCCCUGGGCACGGAGCGCGCCCACAGCCAGUUGAGCGUGCGCCAGCAGCACCCCGUCUGCGCCCCGCCCUCCGGCCCCAGCACCGUCACCGUGGGCAUCAUCGUCAUCGCCGUGGUGACCAGCAUCGUGGUGACCUCGCUGGUGUGGGUGUGCAUCAUCUACCAGACCCGCAAGAAGAGCGAGGAGUGCAGCGUCACCAACACAGAUGAGACCAUCGUGCCCCCGGAUGUGCCCAGCUACCUGUCCUCCCAGGGCACCCUGUCUGAGAGGCAGGACGUGUGCAUCAGGGUGGAGGCCGGCGGGGGAGGCCAGCCCAACGGACACCUGGACACCUCAGGCUUCGACGGUGCCGUGGUGUGUAUAGACUGCAUGGAGAAUGGGACCAGCUACUGUAAGGACCCCGGCUACCUCCCCCAGGGGAUGGGACCUGUGGGUCUGGAGUACCAGCAGCAUCCCCACACCCCCCCCAUGGAGUACAGCGCCCCACCCCUGCACUCCGACACGGGAUACUACACCCCCCCACACUGCAACGGGACCCCCAACGGAGUCCGAAGGGACCCCCAGCCUCCCGGCUCACACGGCCACCACGACAAAGUGACGCCACAGCAGAACCACCACGACAGACAAGGGUUGCCUGGGAAGAGAGCAGGACAGAUCGUCGUGUGCUCCCCGUCCCAAGCUGAGUCGUUUCACAAGCCGGUCAAGCUCUCCCCAGCCGCGCUGGACUGUGAGAGGGAGCUGAGGCAGACUCUGCUGUCUAACGGACACGCUCCCAGAGCCACUCAGUGACAGCGCCCCACUCAGGAGAGCCAGCGACUAGCAGGCACCCCCCCCUCUGCACACCCCCUGAACUAAAACAAACUCAUCUUGUUCUUUGGGAACUGGACUGCUACCUCAAAUAGAGGAGAAUGUUCCCCCCUCCCCCCUCUCGUCUGGGGCUGAAGGGGCGGGAGCGCGAGGAAGGGGACGGGGUCCGGAGCUUGAAGGCGAAGCUUGUGUGGGUGGCGUCCCAUCCGAGCGUAUCAGAUGUACAUACUUAAAACCUUCCCCUGGGAGGUGCCAAUCACAACCUAGCUCCAAAUAAAUGACUUGCAUUUGAAGCAUGCAAAUGUAGGGAAUAAUGUACAGUAUAUGUGUGUUUGAGAAAGAGAGCUAUACCAUUGGACAUUUGACCGUGUACAUAAGAGGUUGCAUAUAUAUUAUAUAACUUUUACAAAAGAGUAUUUGAAUUUAUUCUGUGCAUGAUAAAGAAAGGAGUGAUGGUAUUUUUGUCUUUUUCAAAAUGAGCCUCGUCGACAUCUCUCGGCUUCAGCUACGGUGCCUUACUGCAUGAUCAAAGAAACUCUAGAACCAGACUCAUCAUAUAUCAAGAGAUUUAGAGAGAUCUAUCAGUACACUCACAUACCAUGGAAACACUUUAUUGCACUUGAAUGUAUUUGACAAACACUGCCAGUCAUGGCCUUAAACAAACAUAAUUUACACUCAGUGGUACUUCAUGAAGGAUGAACUUGGGUUUAAUUUAUUUCGGUACGUGAUAUGGUACAAGGCAGGAUGUUUUGAUGGACAAACUUGGUUUUGGUCAUGUAAGCACUUUUAUACUCAAGUUACUCAUCAUUAAUUACAUCUGACAAAGCAGCUUAGGGACAUGAUGUAUGGAUUUCUAAACCCUUCCAUUUCAGAGUAACCUAUCACUUUCCAUGUUUCUGGGAUUAGAGGAACAUCAGGCCUCUUCCACCUGUUUAGUGACUACAAAAAACCUGCUCCAGUAGCCUCUGGUUCAGACAAGACCCUCUCCUGUGCUUGUAACCAGUGUUUUUGUUCACUCUUUACUCAACAAAUAUACCUGGUUUCAAAUACACAUUUAUAGCAAAUGUGGCUCCAUAUAUAUUUCAACUGUAAAAGGGAAUGGUGAUCUUGACUGGUUGAACCAGAAGGUCAUGUGGAGUCAGUUGUGUUCCUGCUGUCGUGCCUAACCUGUUGCCUGCUCCAUGUUCACACUGAGGACGGCCAGUAUUCGCCUGUCAGAACACACACCAGACCAUAUAUAAUAGUGGCAAAGCAUUACCUGGUAUCUGUUGAGUCUUUGUAAAACUUUAUUUGGUACGAGGUAAGGAUGUUUCAUUCUGUGAAAAGCUUACUGUUUGGGAAACUUGUGAAAAUGUACUCUUAACCAAAACUAAGACAAAUGCAGUGAAAGUCCUCCACUUCCCAAAGCCUGGAUACCUGGGGCCAGUGUGACAUACAAAGAGCAGUUUAACGUUUUACAUUGUGUAAUGCGUACAUGGGUCUUGCCCAUUUUGGCAAAUGAACAAAAGCUAGAAUUAUAUAAAAGAUCAUUCAGAUGUUACUAGGACAUUUCCCCAGUGUAUCCAGGUUUGAAUGAGGAGGUGAAACAGUACAUUAUAUCUGGUCCAAAUAAUUUAUUGAAACAGACUGAAGCCAUUUUACCAUUGUCAAAGCUCAAAACAUUGAAGUGUCUUACAUGGCAUUGCAGUGUCUAAUAAAAUCACAUUUUGAUAUCAUA